UCGUCAGGGAUGGUUGUACUUUGUUGAUCUCCUGGAAGAAGGAAGAAUAGAGUGCCCUGUGUUCGCGGUGAUGUGGUGGAUACUUGUUUUCAAGUGUGAGGAAGCUGUUGUAGUACACCAUUUCUCUGUGAUUUGAGUAUAUUAGAGACGACCUGGAAGUGAGUGUUUGGUCGCACCUGUGUGGAACUCUAAUUGUGUGCUCCUUCAAGAGGAAGGAAGUAAGCAGGAAUUAAACUUAAGGAAGUAAGUUUCUUUGUGAAGCCUGCCGGACGACUCUGUGUACUCGAGUCAGGACUGGAGGAAGCGUAGUGAAUCAGUCCUAAAACGAUUUUGUGGGCAACUUAAGUGAGUGCCAGAGAGUGAGCGCCCCCAAAUUCAUAGAUUUCUGUGGUUUGUGUGGAAAGAAGUUAAUGGAGGAACUUCAAGGCUGGAGAAGAAGUGUAUGCUGAACUCUGAGGUAAAGCAGAGUGAGGAGUUGAACUUCAAGCAGUGUAGGAGAGCUACACAUUUCUUUGUGGAUCCAGUGGAGGAGUGUCACUGAUGUUGGAGUAGGACUUCGUUGGGCAGCAGAUUGGGAGAACUGCUGAAGUGCCUUUCCUGAUUUUUGGAGGACCUAGAUAUAUGCAUUGGUGGUGAGCCUCUAGGAGCAGAACAGAUGAUCAUGUGGACACAUUAGUGACUGAGGGGAGUGUUUGAGUACUUAUUGGCAUGUAAGAUGCAGUGUAAGGAGCUUAAAGUGUGGAGGAAGAUGGGCGAGCAACUGGCGAGUGGGCACGAGGUGGAGGCCAUGAGUGAGGAGUGGCUGGCCAAGAUGGAAAAAGAACAGACGCUCUACAACCAUGGCAUGGUCCGCCUCCUACCUGGCGGCUGGCUCUAUCCCGCCUCCUACUUAGAGUACGCUGACAGGAUCUACAACUUCAAGUUCAGGUCGAGCGACGUGGUGGUGAUGACGAUGCCCAAGUCCGGGACGACGUGGAUGCAGGAGAUCCUGUGGACGAUGCUACACAACCCUGACCUCAACCACCCACAGGCAGAUGAACCCAUUUAUCACAGAUCUCCAGAAAUUGACUUGGAUAUGAUUCUUGAUGGUAAAGGCCUAGAAGGUGUGAGCAUUGACCACUUCAUGAAGGCCUUCCAAGACACUUGUCCAGGGAGGAAGUUGGAAGAUGGUAUGGCUUUCCAGAUGUGCGAGUUGAUCUCAGACCCCAGAGUGAUCAAGAGCCAUCUUCCUCUCUCCUUGCUGCCUUCUGAUCUCCUCGACCAGGCCAAGGUGGUCUACGUGGCUAGGAGCCCCAAGGACGUGGUGGUGUCACUGUACUAUUUCUUCCGUGUGAUGAAGCUCUUUAGCUUCACUGGCAGCUUCGACAGUUUCGUCAAACACUUCAUGAAUAAUGAUUGCAUCGUGGGAGACUGGAGGAACCACUUCUCACCACAGCUGGAGGCGGAGAUGAACCAGUGGAUCCAGAGUCACGCCAGAGACAUUGGCAUCACCUUCAAGUGAGCCAAGGUCGCCAAAGACGCCAACACGUGCUUGACGGACGCCAACACGUGCUUGACGGACGCAAACACGUGCUUGACGGACGCAACACGUGCUUGACGGACGCAACACGUGCUUGACGGACGCCAACACGUGCUUGACGGACGCCAACACGUGCUUUACGGACGCCAACACGUGCUUUACGGACGCCAUCAUGUGCUUGACGGACGCCAACACGUGCUUGACGGACGCCAACACGUGCUUGACGGACGCCAACACGUGCUUGACGGACGCCAACACGUGCUUGACGGACGCCAACACGUGCUUGACGGACGCCAACACGUGCUUGACGGACGCCAACACGUGCUUGACGGACGCCAACACGUGCUUGACGGACGCCAACACGUGCUUGACGGACGCCAACACGUGCUUGACGGACGCCAACACGUGCUUGACGGACGCCAACACGUGCUUGACGGACGCCAACACGUGCUUGACGGACGCCAACACGUGCUUGACGGACGCCAACACGUGCUUGACGGACGCCAACACGUGCUUGACGGACGCCAACACGUGCUUGACGGACGCCAACACGUACUUGAAGGACGCCAACACGUGCUUGAC